GUCGGCAUUUUGUUCUGCCAGAGAGAGUGAGGGGGGAGAGUCUGAGUGGAUCCUUUUAUCACCGCGUCAAUAGUCUUUCAGUUUUUUUUCUCUCCCCCAACUAAAUAUUUCCUGAAAUCGGACGGAAAUUACAAUAAUCCUCAACCGGCGCCGGGAGCGUAAGCGGCGAGAACAGCGGGCGAGAGGAAUGUUUACGUCCCUCGAGUCUCGAUGUUUGCGGUGAGGAGGAAGAAGAGCGAACCCUCCCGACCCGGAUUAUUGUUGUUAUAUUACUCGCAGGAGCUGUAAGAGCGAACGGAGAGGGAGCUAGAGACACCCGGCCGAGGCGGUUGCUACCAUUUCUUUUUAACAUCAAGUCCUGAGCAGAAGGGAGAUGUGAAGGCUUGUCGGAGAGCGGCGACAUUGAGCAUCCUGUGCAUCGACACGACCCCCACCCCCCAUCUUCAGCAUGAAUGGGGAUAUGCCUCAUGUUCCCAUUACCACUCUUGCUGGGAUUGCUAGCCUCACUGACCUGUUGAACCAGCUGCCUCUGCCUUCCCCUCUCCCUGCCACCACCACUAAGAGCCUGCUGUACAAUGGGAGGAUCGCAGAGGAGGUCAACUGCCUGCUGGCCCGCCGGGACGACGCCCUGGUCUCCCAGCUGGCCCAUAGCCUCAGCCAGGUCUCCACCGAACACAUAGAGCUGAAGGACCACCUGGGCAGCGACGACCCGGAGGGCGACAUGCCGGUGCUGCUGCAGGCGGUGCUGUCCAGGAACCCCAACAUCUUCAGGGAGAAAAGUAUGCCCGCCCGAUCCGGGGUUCAGGGCGGCAUAAUGCAACAGCCAAUGAUGCCACCAUACAAGAUGCCUCAGAAUUCCAUGCAUGGAAGUCCAGCAUCCACAAACUACCAGCAAACCACUGUUACUCCCAGCCCUCCUAGCCGCUUCGUCCAGCCUCAGACGGGCUCUGGCGCCCGCUUCAUGCCCCAGCAGAACAGCCCCGUUCCCAGCCCCUACGCUCCGCAGAGCCCUGCAGGCUACAUGCAGUACCCCCACCCUCCCAGCUACCCUCAGCACCAACAAAUCCAGCAAGUGUCUGUGGCUAGUCCCAUGGUGCCUAGCAGCAUGAGGAACCUCCACGACAAUAAGGUGUCAGGCCAGAUGUCAAGUAACUCGGCCAACCACAACGCGCGGCAUUGCACCAACGAAGAGUACAUGAACAUCGUCCAGAGGCUGGGGAGUGAGGAAAGUGAUCCUUCCAUGAGGAACGCCUCCUUCCCUCUCCGAUCACCCCAAUCGGUGUGCUCUCCUGCAGGGAGCGAAGGUACACCGAAAGUUGGGUCGCGGCCACCUCUCAUUCUCCAGUCUCCGCCCCCGUAUACCUCACCGCGGGAGGCCGCUCCUGACAUUCUCAUGGACUCGCCGGACCGGAAAAAGAAGCAGAAGAAACUGAUAAAGGAGGAGGGUGACAAGGGGGCCAUGUACGACAUCGUCAGCUCCCCGUCCAAAGACUCCACCAAGCUCACGCUGAAGCUGUCUCGCGUCAAGUCGUCAGAGACCGACCAAUCCGCCGAGCUCAUGCCCGGCGUGGAGCAUGGCUCGGACGCCGAGAACGAGUUGCCCUGCAACAGCCUGCCUUACCCCCGGAACCCGCAGGAGCGCCUGGUCGCCGGCCAGUGCCUCCCCGGGGAGCAGUCCGGCUACCAGCAGGUCCCAGUCCUGCAGAACGCAGGGGCACUUGCGGGCAAGCCGCCCGGCGGGGUCAGUGGGACGCCGUACGACGAGGCCGAGAUGGACGCUCUAGCAGAGAUCGAGAGGAUAGAGCGGGAGUCGGCCAUCGAGCGGGAGCGUUGCUCCAAAGAAGUUCAGGAUAAAGACAAACCCCUGAAGAAGCGAAAACAAGACUCGUAUCCUCAAGAACCUGGUGCGGGUGGAACGGCGGGAGCCACAGGAGGGCCUGGCGUCGGUGGUGGCGGCAGCGCUGGGAACAAACUGGCCCCUCAGGAGGCUAGUGCUGCCAGCAAUGGGGCUAACCGACCAGCCCUCAUGGUCAGUAUAGACUUGCAGCAGGCAGGUAGGGCGGAGGGGCAGCUCGACUCCUGUCCCAUGCCCGCCCUGGAGGCCCAGCGCUGGCCCGAGGAUGGCUCCGACUCAGCCGGGGUCCUUCGGCUCAAGUCCAAAACAGAUGGAGAGAUGCAGAGGACUGUGGACGGUCGACCCGAGGUCAUUAAGCAGCGAGCCGACACGCCACAGAAGAUGGCUUCGGAUGUCCGGCCCGACAUGCCAAAACACAAACACGAUGCUCGACGGGACUCAUCGGGCAAGCCGCAGGGCUCGGACAAGCGGUCAGACCCGUCGAAGCACAGGCACGACGGCAAACCGGAAAAGGUGCGGCCCGAAGGCCGGGGCCCUGAGCCGGCACGAAAACCCGACGGGCGUUCCGAGCUCUCGCGGGAUGGACUUAGAGAGGAGAAACACAAAGACCGGGAACGGGACAGAGAACGAGAUGCCAACGGCUCCAAAAUGCGUAGGCCAGACACGCCGAAGUCCUCCGGCAGGCCAGAACACGACAAAGACCGCGAACGUCAUGGUCGUGACAAGGAGCGGGAGCGGAAACACCGGCCCGAAUCCAGAGAGCACCGUGACAAGCGAUCUCCUGAGCAGCGCCCACGGCCCGAAAGUCCACGGGUAAAACAGGAGAGCCGAGGAGGGCCGGACUCUGGCCGUCCGCGCCCUGACCGCCCCGACCUCAAACCUCCCGUCGGCAAAGACGAGAGGCGGAGCUCUGAAGGCAACAGGAACCGCCACGACGGCCCUAAAGUGCCCGGCUCCGACAGCAGGGCUGGGGAGUUCCCCGACUACCUGCUGGGUGGCAAGUCCGGCGCGCUGAAGAACUUUGUCAUUCCCAAGCUGAAGCGCGACAAGGACGGGAAUGUGGCGGCACCGGUGGGAGCGGACGCCCGCAGGACCGUGGACACGUGGGGCCAGCCGCGGGUGAAGCUGGAGAGACUGGGCUUGGUGGAGGACAUUGGCAAAAGGGCCAAACCUGUGGUGGUGCUGCAGAAGCUCACUUAUGACGAGGUACAGAAGAUCAUCAAGGACAGGGGCGCUCGCACCUCCAAAUCCAGCAAAAACAGGCCGUCCUACGGGAAGUCUUCAAAAGGGGGCAUUGAUGAGUCGGCGUUGAAGGAGCUUCCUCCUCAUCUGCUUGCAGAAAUCGAGUCUACCAUGCCUCUGUGUGAGAGGGUCAAGAUGAACAAACGCAAACGCAGCACGGCCAACGAGAGACCCAAGUACGCCGAGGUCAGCUCGGAAGACGACAGCGACUCCGUGGAGUCUGCCCCAAAGCGGUCGAAGAAGGACCGGGACCGGGCAUGGGAGUACGAGGAGAAGGAGCGGAGGGGUUCGGGCGAGCGCAGGCGGAGCGGCGGACACCACGAGGGCCGCAGAGGCUCCGGCAGCCGGUACCGGGAGCACAGUCCGGACGACUCCGGGGAAGAGUCUCCCCCUCCCAGCAUGAGUGAGAUUGCCCGUAAGUUGAAGAUGAAAGAGAAGCAGAAAAAGAGGAAAGUUUAUGAGCCGAAGCUAACUCCGGAAGAAAUGAUGGACUCGUCCACAUUUAAGAGGUUCUCCGCAAGUGUGGACAAUAUCUUAGAAAACUUGGAGGAUGUGGACUUCACGUCAUUAGCCGCGGACGACGACGAGAUUCCUCAGGAGCUGCUUCUCGGGAAGCACCAGCUGACUGAGCUAGGCAGUGAAUCGGCCAAAAUCAAAGCCAUGGGCAUCACGUUCAGGAUUCCGUCCGACAAGCUGGUGAAAGUGCUGAAUAUUUUGGAGAAAAAUAUUCAGGAUGGAUCCAAACUGUCUACCCUCAUGAACCAUGACAACGAUGCAGAGGACGAGGAACGCUUGUGGCGUGACCUCAUCAUGGAGCGCGUGACCAAAUCGGCUGACGCCUGUCUGACCGCGCUGCACAUAAUGACAUCGCCGCGUAUGCCCAAGGCGGUCUACAUCGAGGACGUGAUCGAGAGGGUGCUGCAGUACACCAAGUUCCACCUGCUGAACACACUCUACCCUCAGUACGACCCCGUCUACAGGGUGGACCCUCACGGAGGUGGGAUGCUGAGCUCCAAGGCUAAGCGGGCCAAGUGUUCCACACACAAGCAGAGGGUCAUCGUCAUGCUCUACAAUAAAGUGUGUGACAUUGUAAGCAACAUCUCGGAGCUGCUGGAGAUCCAGCUGCUGACGGACACUACAAUCCUGCAGGUCUCUUCCAUGGGAAUCACUCCAUUUUUUGUGGAGAAUGUCAGUGAGCUGCAGCUCUGCGCCAUAAAGCUGGUUACUGCAGUCUUCUCCCGGUACGAGAAGCACAGGCAGCUCAUUCUGGAGGAGAUCUUCACCUCCCUCGCCAGACUGCCCACCAGCAAGAGGAGCUUGAGGAACUUCAGGUUGAACAGCAGCGACGUGGACGGAGAGCCCAUGUAUAUCCAGAUGGUCACGGCACUGGUGCUGCAGCUCAUCCAGUGUGUGGUGCACCUGCCCACGGACAGGGACAACACAGAAGACGAGUACGAGAAGAAGGUGGACCACGACGUCCUCAUCACGAACUCGUACGAAACCGCAAUGAGAACAGCGCAGAACUUCCUCUCCGUGUUCCUCAAAAAGUGCGGCAGCAAGCAGGGCGAGGAGGACUACCGGCCUCUGUUCGAGAACUUUGUGCAGGACCUGCUCUCCACAGUCAACAAGCCAGAGUGGCCCGCCGCAGAACUGCUCCUCAGCCUCCUGGGCCGCUUGCUGGUGCACCAGUUCAGCAACAAGCAGACGGAGAUGGCACUGAGAGUCGCCUCCUUAGACUACCUGGGCACGGUGGCCGCCCGACUUCGGAAGGACGCCGUCACCAGCAAGAUGGACCAGCGCUCCAUCGACCGCAUCCUCCGGGAGGCGUCUGGGAACGACGAAACCCAGCAGCUGCAGAAGGCCCUGUUGGACUACCUGGAUGAGAACGUGGAGACGGACCCCUCUCUCCUGUUUGCGAGGAAGUUCUACAUCGCCCAGUGGUUCAGGGAUACGACCACGGAGACGGAGAAGGCCAUGAAGUCGCAGAACCAGAAGGACGACGACUCGUCUGAGGGCCCGCACCACGCCAAGGACGUGGAGGCCACGGGCGAGAUCAUGCAGCGGGCGGAGAUGCGCAAGCGUUUCCUGCGCUCCGUCGUCAAGGCGACUCCCUCGCAGUUCAGCACGCUGAAAAUGAACUCCGACACCGUGGACUAUGAAGACGCCUGCUUGAUUGUGCGAUAUUUGGCCUCUAUGAGGCCGUUUGCACAGAGCUUUGAUAUUUAUUUAACGCAGAUCCUGAGGGUGCUGGGAGAAAGCGCUAUCGCUGUGAGAACAAAGGCGAUGAAGUGUCUGUCGGAGGUGGUGGCUGUGGACCCCAGCAUCCUGGCCCGCUCGGACAUGCAGCGUGGUGUCCAUGGGCGACUGAUGGACAACUCCACCAGUGUGCGAGAGGCUGCGGUGGAGCUCCUGGGCCGGUUCGUCCUGAGUCGACCUCAGCUGACCGAGCAGUACUACGACAUGCUCAUCGAGAGGAUACUGGACACGGGCAUCAGCGUGAGGAAGAGGGUGAUAAAGAUUUUGCGGGAUAUCUGUCUGGAGCAGCCCACGUUCAACAAAAUCACAGAGAUGUGUGUGAAGAUGAUAAGAAGAGUUAAUGAUGAGGAAGGCAUUAAGAAACUGGUGAAUGAAACAUUCCAGAAGCUCUGGUUCACCCCGACCCCCAGUCACGACAAAGAAGCCAUGACCCGGAAAAUCCUGAACAUCACUGACGUGGUGUCUGCGUGCAGAGAUUCCGGCUAUGACUGGUUUGAACAGCUGCUUCAGAAUCUACUGAAGACCGAGGAAGACUCCUCCUACAAGCCAGCAAGGAAGGCUUGUGCUCAGCUCGUUGACAAUCUAGUGGAGCACAUCCUGAAAUAUGAAGAGUCCCUCGCCGACUGUGAGAAUAAGGGGGUGAACUCGAAUCGCUUGGUGGCCUGCAUCACCACCCUCUACCUGUUCAGCAAGAUCCGAGCGCAGCUGAUGGUGAAACAUGCCAUGACCAUGCAGCCCUACCUAACCACCAAGUGCAACAAUCAGAACGAUUUCAUGGUCAUCUGUAACGUGGCUAAAAUCCUGGAGCUGGUGGUCCCUCUGAUGGACCACCCCAGCGAGACCUUUCUCACCACCAUCGAGGAAGACCUAAUGAAGCUAAUCAUCAAAUACGGCAUGACGGUCGUGCAGCAUUGUGUGAGCUGUCUCGGUGCGGUUGUCAACAAGGUCACCCACAACUACAAGUUCGUGUGGUCCUGCUUCAACAGAUACUACGGGGCUCUGAACAAGCUGAAGACUCAGCACCAGGAGGACCCCAACAGCACGGUGCUGGUGUCCAACAAGCCGGCGCUGCUGCGCUCCCUCUUCACCGUGGGAGCCCUGUGCAGACACUUUGACUUUGACCGCGAGGAGUUCAAAGGCAAUAACAAGGUGGUCAUAAAGGACAAGGUGUUGGAGCUGCUUCUCUACUUCACCAAGAACGACGACGAGGAGGUGCAGACCAAGGCCAUCAUCGGCUUGGGCUUCCUGUUCAUCCAGCACCCGGGCCUGAUGUUUGUCCCCGAGGUGAAGACCCUGUACAACGGACUCCUCUCCGACAGGAAGAAGUCGGUGAACCUGAAGAUCCAGGUGCUGAAGAACCUGCAGACGUACCUGCAGGAAGAGGACUCGCGCAUGCAGGAGGCCGACCGAGAGUGGAAGAAGCUCUCCAAGCAGGAGGACCUGAAGGAGAUGGGCGACGUCUCCUCUGGCAUGAGCAGCUCCAUCAUGCAGCUGUACCUGAAGCAGGUGCUGGAAGCCUUCUUCCACACGCAGUCCAGCGUGCGGCACUUUGCCCUCAACGUCAUCGCGCUCACGCUCAACCAGGGUCUCAUCCACCCUGUACAGUGUGUGCCCUACCUGAUCGCCAUGGGGACCGACCCGGAGCCCACGAUGAGGAAUAAAGCAGACCAGCAGCUGGUUGAGAUUGAUAAGAAGUACACGGGAUUCAUUCAUAUGAAGGCCGUGGCGGGGAUGAAGAUGUCCUACCAGGUGCAGCAGGCCAUCAUGGCAUCUCGGGACACCAUCAUCAGGGGCUUCCGGCAGGACGAGUCUCACACUGCCCUCUGCUCGCACCUCUUCACCAUGGUGCGGGGCAACAGGCAGCAUCGGCGAGCCUUCCUCAUCUCCUUGCUCAACCUGUUCGACGACAGCGCGAAAACAGAGGUGAACAUGCUGCUCUUCAUUGCCGACAACCUGGCGUGCUUCCCCUACCAGACGCAGGAGGAGCCACUCUUCAUCAUGCACCAUAUCGACAUCACGCUGUCCGUCUCCGGUAGCAACUUGCUGCAGUCCUUCAAAGAGUCUUUGCUAAAGGAACCCAGGCAGCGGGAAAAGAAGAGGAAGGAGCGAGAGAAGUACAGUUCGGAGGAGGAAGACGAGGAGGAAGAGGAGCCGCCGAGCAGCGGCGAGAGCAGUGACGAUGAGGUCAUCCACAGGCCCAAGAAGGCCAAGCGAGCAGCCGUGAACUCGGACUCGGACUCGGACUUGGAGACUGAGGACGUGGACAAAGUCAUGGACCGCCUCCCGGAUAACCCCAUGCCCCUGCUGGACUUUGCCAAUGCCUCUCAGGGCAUCCUGCUCCUCCUAGUGCUCAAACAACACCUGAAGAACCUCUACGGCUUCUCCGACAGCAAAAUCCAGAAGUACUCCCCCACGGAGUCUGCGAAAGUGUACGACAAGGCGGUGAACAGGAAGACCAAUGUGCAUUUCAGCCCUCGGCAGACGCUCGACUUUCUGACCAACAGCCCGUCCAACACCGAGCUCACCUUCGACAUCAAGCGGCGGAUCGUCAGGCAGUACCUGGACUUCAAGGUACUGAUGGAGCACUUGGACCCCGAUGAGGAGGAUGAGGAAGGUGAGGCGUCGGCGAGCAGCCACGCCAGAAACAAAGCCAUCACCGCUUUGCUGGGAGGCCCCAGCCCGAAGAACAACGCUGCUGACUCGUACGAUGAAGAUAGCGAGGGAGACGAGAAGAUGCCUGGAUCGUCACGGCGAUCCAGGAAAGGCGGAGACUCGGCGGACGCGUCGGGUCACAUGAACGAAACGGUAGAAGCCAUGGACGUCAUCGCCAUCUGCUGCCCCAAGUACAAGGACCGACCGCAGAUAGCGCGCGUCAUCCAGAAGACGAGCAACGGCUACAGCGUGCACUGGAUGGCCGGCUCCUACUCCGGCACCUGGGCCGAGGCCAAGAAACGUGACGGACGCAAACUGGUGCCUUGGGUGGACACUAUCAAGGAGUCGGACAUCAUUUACAAGAAAAUCGCCUUGACGAGCGCGCACAAGCUGACUAACAAAAUGGUGCAGACUUUACGUUCACUGUACGCAGCCAAGGAGGGGACUUCCAGCUAAUCAGACCGCGGUCACUCCCACGGGAACUCUCAGCAGCCAAACUUUAUUGGGAUCCGACAUUUUCUAAACCCAGGCAGUAAGGCAAGAAUACUACAGACUCACAAAGGACCUUGAGAUUCGCUAUGGUAAAGGGUGAGCGUGAGGUGAGAGGGAGGGGUGGGGGUAGGUUUUAAAACUCGAGAGGACCUGCAGGAAGGAAUACUGGACACAUUUUAAAUGAAACAGGACCGACGCGUACAGAAGGAAAUGUUUGGAAAACAUUGCGUGGGAGUUCCUUCGCUGUUGUGCAGCAUCUCGGAUGUGUGGUUUUUACUCCCACUGUAUCAUAGUUUAACAAAAAAAACAAACAAAAACAAAAAUGUUUAUAUCUCUGACAAAAAAAUCUGUUUAAAAAAUAAACUUAAAAGUGAAUGUUGGAAAUUAGUCUGUUGAUGUUCUUAAUAAAGUGUUCUUGGAGUUAAACCUAGCACCGGAUGGAUUUCUUUAGCUUAGCUUAGUGUCCAGGGAAAGAAACUUUUAAAUAUUUCCUCUGCUUUGUUUCACUUUUCUUUUUUUCUUUUUUUUCUUUUUUGUUUUGUUUAUUCAUGCUGUACAAUGGAGUCUCCUGGACAUAAUUUAUUCUGUUAAAAGCAGAGCAUGCAGUAUCUGUGGCCUACCUGCAGGGGGAGUUUUUUGUAAAUGUAGAUUUUGAUGUAUUAGGUCACCCUAGAGAGAAAAAAGGGAUCCCCAGCACUUCUGGCGGAACAAAUACUGCAAUAAAUUUUUUUACUUCUCUUUGUUA